AUGGCUGCCAUUUCAAUUUUCUUCUGUUUCUUCCUCAUUUCCUUCUCCCAAGCAACCGUUCAUGGCGGCGUUGGCGACGGCGGCCAUGGCUUCACCACCUCUCUCUUCCACCGCGAUUCUUUUCUCUCCCCUCUCUAUAACCCAUCUCUCUCCCACUAUGACCGACUCACCAACGCCUUCCGCCGCUCCUUCUCCCGCUCCGACACCCUCCUCAACCGCGCUGCCGCCGUCUCCACCACUGGCAUCCAUUCCCGGAUCAUCCCCGACGACGGCGAGUUCCUAAUGUCCAUCUCCAUCGGAACCCCGAGGGUCAAAAUCAUGGCCAUCGCUGAUACCGGCAGCGACCUGACGUGGACCCAGUGCAUGCCAUGUCACAAAUGCUUCAACCAAUCAUUUCCCAUUUUUAAUCCACGUCGAUCCUUCUCCUACCGCCACGUGUCUUGCACUUCCAAUGCUUGCCGCUCUCUCGAUGACUAUCGCUGUGGACCCGACAACCGAACCUGCAGCUACGGUUAUAGCUACGGAGACCAAUCCUUUACGUAUGGCGACCUAGCAUCUGAGAAAAUUACUGUUGGAUCCUUCAAACUCUACAAGACAGUUAUUGGAUGUGGCCAUGUGAACGGCGGCACUUUCAGCGGAGAUACCUCAGGAAUUAUCGGACUCGGCGGUGGCCCUCUCUCUUUGAUCUCUCAAAUGAGAAAAAUCGCCGCCGUCAAACGGCGGUUCUCGUAUUGCUUGCCGACAUUCUUCAGUGACAAAAAUGUAACAGGCAAAAUAAGUUUCGGCAAAAAAGCCAUUGUUUCAGGGCGAAAAGUCAUUUCUACCCCUCUCGUAUUAAAAGAACCCAACACCUUCUAUUACGUAACUCUCAAAGCAAUGUCCGUUGCAAACAAGCGGUUUAAGGCUGCGAACAACAUGUCAGCGGCCGUAGAACGAGGGAAUAUCCUUAUCGAUUCCGGUACGACAUUGACAAUUCUACCCCCGAAUUUGUACAAAGGUGUUGCUUCUACAUUGGCGCAUGUUGUUAAAGCUAAGCGAGUGAAUGAUCCAACUGGGGUUUUGGAUCUCUGCUUCGCCACACGCAGCGUUGAUCAUUUGAAUAUUCCGGUCAUUACGGCACAUUUUGCUGGCGGCGCCGACGUGAAGUUGUUACCGUUGAAUACGUUUGCAAUGGUAGCUGAUAAUGUGGCUUGUUUGGCUUUCGUGCCGUCGGCGAACUUUGCCAUUUUUGGAAACUUAGCACAGGUGAACUUUUUGGUCGGAUACGAUCUCGAGCGCAAGAGAUUAUCGUUCAAAUACAACGUUUGUGCUUAA